CGUUCUCAGACCAACCAGUUUUCUUCACAUGGCUGAUUUUACAACUAACUCCAUCAAACGAAAAAAAAAUAUGUCGAACCGAAACGCGACUGUUGAAAACGCUCUCGUGUUUUUCCUCCUCGCGUUUGCCGUCAUGGCCAAAACCGUGUUCUCGCAGAAUUGCCAAAGCACCGGGUGUCCAGGCCUCAAGGAGUGUUGCAGCUCGUGGGGUUCCUGUGGAAUCAAAGAUGACCAGUGUGGCUUUUGGUGCUUCAGUGGCCUUUGCCAUCUCAAAAACAAAUCAUAUGGAUUCAACUACAACGUCAGCGCCGGUCCACGCGGUCCAAUAGAGAGCAUUGUCACACCAUCGUUGUUCAAACGCAUCAUGAGCAAAGUAGGAAACAACUGCCCGGCAAAAGGGUUCUACACUCACCAGGCUUUUAUCUCGGCGGUUAAAUCGUUCCAAGCCUAUAAAGGAACGGUGGCUAAGCGCGAGAUAGCAGCCAUAUUGACUCAUUUUGCUCACGGAUCUAAAGGCUUUUGUUACAAAGAAGAUAAAGCGAGAGGGAGGUACUGUUCUCCGAGCAAGAAGUACCCUUGUGAACCGGGAAAGCAAUACUAUGGUCGUGGUCCGCUUCAGUCAAUCAGAUGGAACGAGUACUAUGGUGCAGCCGGCAUAUUCCUUAGGUUGCCUAUGUUGAAAGAUCCGGAUAUGGUGGCUCAUAGCCCGGAAGUGGCUUUCAAAUUGGCAUUGUGGUUCUGGACCACAAAUGUGCGUCCAGCUUUGUAUUUAGGAUUUGGAGAAACCUCGAAAAGAGUGGACGGUCGACUAUGCGAUAACUUACAUCCUGACGAUACUAAGAACUUGGUUAAGCAAUACGUGGACUUGUGCAAGAUCCUUGGGGUUACUCCUGAUGAAGGUCUGUCUUGUUAAAACAACAUCAAAUAAUGUUAAACAAACAUCAAAUAAUGUAACAUUAAUUUGAAUUAUAAUUUAUUAUUGAGGAUGUUAAAGUUUAAACGUCUUGCAAAUUAAUCAUGUAAAGCAUGUUGGCACACGGAUUUCUGUAUUAGCAAUCAGGUCCCUGAUUGAUAGAUAAAUGUUCUAUCUCAAACAUUUUUUUUAGAAUAUUUUUCUAUCUCAAUAAUACAUAAAAAUUAGAAUC